AUGUCAGGUACUGGAGGUAUUCCAAACUUACGCUUGAAUCUUUCCAAUAUUACCAAAAAUCAGCAAGACAAUAAUUUAGACGAACUCCCACCUAUUCCAGCAAAAGAUUCGAUGGAACAAACACAACAACCAGCACGCCCAACAAGACAAAGACCACAAGCAGUUAGGAAUACAAUGACUCUCACCAAGAAAAAUCUAGCACCUACUAAUGACUCAGACUCCUCAGAUAUUGAUGAUUUAGAUCUCGAAACAGUUCCUGUUGGCGAUGCUCCAGAAAAAGUAGAAAAAGAACCAGAUGCAGAUGCUCCAGGUCCUAUUACCCAAGUUAGCCAACUCCCAGACUUUGCAGAAGACAGCGAUGAUGACGAAGGGCAAGGCCGCGAAAAGAACAAACUAUCAUUGUUAUACGAUUUCCUUCUUACACAAGAUCAGUGUGAUGAACCAAUGGUAGAAUGGACAUAUAAAUCCUUUAUUAAAGAUUACGCUAAAUCAGAAGCAGCCGAGGAUAACAACGAUUCAGAGAGUGAAUACGAUGAAUACGGUGAAGAAGAAAUGGAAGAUGAAUAUGAAUGA